AUGCGGCCGAGCGUCACCAUCUUCGGUAGCACUGCUCGCGCAACGCAUUGGCACGGCCAAGGGCAGUGGCUCUCAAGUAUACGUCUAGCACCGCUACGGGAUAUAGCUCGCGCGACGGGUCUCGCGUCCUCGGGGACGAGGAAGGAGCUUAUUGGGCGGAUUGGGGGCGCGUUGGAGGAAUUCUAUGAUAGAGGGACCGGUCAGAGCUUCAGGGAUGAAGGCCCACUGAGUAUCCUCAGUAUUGAUAUGGGAAUCCAAAAUCUUGCGUUCGCGCAUUUGAGGGUUGAGAAUGCCUUUGAUCGGGACCGGGUGGGGUCUAGACCGGAGGUACGUGCCUGGCGGCGUCUUGCGUUGUCUGAUAUUUCGAGUUUGAGCUCGGAUGGAGGGUUUGUUUCUGCCCAGACGGUGAUUCUAGGCGGGAAUGAAGAUGCAAGCUCGGCGCAGGCAGAGGAAGAGAAGGCUGUUUCUACGUUCUCCCUACCAUACUACGCCUCAGCAGCGUAUACCCUCCUCACAACCCUGAUAAACAAGUACAAACCAACACACAUCCUCAUCGAGCGACAGCGUUUUCGAUCUGGUGGAUCGAGCGUUGUGCAGGAGUGGACGUUGCGGGUUGGGAUUUUCGAGGCGAUGCUCUAUUCUACGCUGCAUACGCUCCAACAAAAAGAUGCCUCUAUAUCGCAAAUUGGUGUGCACGGUAUUGAGCCGAAGCGGGUUGUGCAGUACUGGGGCGUUGCCGAUUCCGACUUUGGGUCCAAACUUCGUGGGAAAGACUCGGAGGGUGGGAAGAAAACAAAGAGGCCGACGGCAAGGGAGGUUAAGAAGGCUAAGAUUGAGCUUGUGGGGAGGUGGCUGGAGGCUGAUAUGGAACGUCUAGAGAGUGGUGAAGAUGUGUCUGCUGGCAGACACCACAGAAUCCUUCUCCCGAAGGACCUGCCUUCUUCGAGGUUGGCCGCGGCGUAUGUUGAGAAGUUGCGGAAUCCUGGAGUUCGCGGGCGACACCUGCAGGAAGAUGCGGCGCAGCUUGGUGAUGUGGCGAAGCUUGAUGAUUUGGCGGAUUGUCUUUUGCAGGGCGUUACUUGGAUUGAGUGGUUGAGGAUGCGAGAAAGGAUUGUGCGUCAGGGAGUUGAGGGGUUGGAGGUGGAGUGA